AUGUUUGACGGAAAUCUGGGGUGUCGGUGGCUAGCGGUAGAUGUUUACCUCUCCGCCUCGCGGUUUGGUAAAUAUCCAUCACUAGCCACUUCCACUUCGGUAAGUAGUAGUUAAUUCGAAUUUAACCAAAAAUGAAUUUGCACGUAAAAUUUCACAUAUCUUAUCUGUUACUUUUUCCAGACUCGGACGAUUCAGAUGAUGAGAUUAUCGAGAAGACGCGAGAGCAGAUCCACUCGGCAACACAAGGAGAACAAGAAAAAGUAAUUAAUUUGGACCCCAAACAUUACAUGAGUGAUUAUCAGGGUUCUUCGGAAAACUCAAGUGUUUCAAAUGGCACCACAGCUUUUGGGGGCUUCACGCAUCUUCAAGAUGAAAGCGAUGUCAGAAAAAAUGAAAAUUUCUUAGUUAACGGUGACUGUGGCAGUGAACGUGGCACUGGCGAAGAAGAAGUGAUCAAAAAAGUACAAAGGAUUCGCUUGAAUUUUCCAGUCAGGUCAGAAAUAGACUCGGCACCGAUAGAGCGUGAAAAUUGUGAACUCCGCACCUCUGAUAAGAAUCCUCCACAACAUGUAGGCAAGGAAAGCACAGCAAGUAAUCAAGGUAAGUUGACUCUUGUUAUAUUACAUUGUCUCUAGGAGGUAGAGCUGAGGAAUGUUUAACAUACCAGAUUACAAGGCUCAUUGAUCUAUUCAGCGACUGUUUAUCUGACUGACGAACUGAUUGAUUUACUUCUGAAUGACUGGCUGACUGACCAAGCGACCGAGUGGCGGACUGACUGCUUGACUGACCAACCUACUGCUUGAUUGAUUGACUAACUGACUGACUGACUGAAUGACUUAAUGACUAAAUAACUAAAUGACUGAAUCACUGAAUCAGUGAAUGACUGGCUGACUGGCCGACUGGCUAACUGACGGACUGAAUGACUGGCUGACUUGCUGACCGACUGACUGGCUGACAGGAUGGCUGAUUGACUAGCUGACUGACUGACCGACUGACUGGCUGGCUGGCUGACCGACUGAAUGACUGAAUGACUGAAUGACUGAAUGACUGGCUGACUAACUAACUGGCUGACUAGAUGACUGACUGACUGACUAACUGGCUGGUUGGCUGACUGACCGACUGGCUGACCGACUUGAUAGCUGGCUGUCUUUCUGAAACCACCGCCUCAGACCUAAAUUACAGUUAUAAGUUAAGCUUCGUAAGGUUCUUCUGUCUUUUAAUCUUUCAUCCCAAGUUUUCAAGCUAAUUCUUUAUUUAAAUUGUCGUUUUGAGUUGGCCUGUUCUCAAUCGCCUUGUGCACUUUUUAUGUUUUCAGGUCGAAUCCUCGCUGAAGACAGAAAGGAUAAGAUGAAUCAGAAUCCCUCAAAGGAAAGUAAAAGGAAUAAAUCAUCGUGUAGUCUCAACUGA